UAUGAGGUUGAGGUGAGUUAGAAUGUAGGAGGGUUAGCUAGGUUCGCUAAUUAGCAUUUAAAGAUGAUAUGUCAUGUUCUGACUGAGGUAUUUGUAUAAUAAAUGCACAGGACUGCUAUAACUUUGGACAUAAAUAAUGAAAACCUAAAUAUAAAGGCUUUUGUGGGAUUAGUGAAGUUAUGUUAGCAAAUAGCUAAUGAUCUGCCACUUCGUAGCUAGGUAGUGCUAGCGCUACAGAAAUAUCUUUAGGCUACUACUUUAAAUACAGCACUGAUAAGGUCUUGCAGAGGUGUUAGGGACAGCGAGGAUUAAAUUUUGUUCAAUAUAGGUGCACGUUGAGGGUCAGUCAGUGAGGUACAGUACCUGCGAGUGCCCAAUUGGCAGAGACAAGUGCCAUCAUAUGGCAGCCUUGUUGAUUUGGGUUGAGAAAAACGUGUCUCGCACUGAUGUGGAAUGCUCGUGGAAGAGGGCGAAGACAUCGAAAACAGACGAAAUUGCAGCCAAGCGGGUGUCUGAGAUGACACCAUCCACAACACGAGCUGGAAUCAAAAGACCUGUCACACAGGAGGACAAAGAAUGGGCACUGGCAUCUUUGUCCAAACUUGGGCGUUUCACUGGAAUGGGCUGGAUUUUGAGUCCUGAACCGCCUCAGACACUACCCAUCAAGACAUUUGAUGGGUUAGUGACCAGCCCAGGUUAUGCCCAAGCUGAGGACAAGGCUCUUUAUGUGCUGUCAUCGCUUGCUGUCACAGAUGAUGAGAAGCAGCAGAUCGAGGCAGCAACAGUUGGGCAAGCAAAGAACCCUUUAUGGUCGGCAUUUCGCAAGAAACGUAUCACGGCAAGCAACUUUGGUGUGGUCUUGGCAGCAGUCAAGCGGAAGUCUUACCCCCCUUCCUUAUUCAAAACCCUGCUUGGCCAUUACAAUGUCCAAGACGGAUCUAAAGCAUGUGAUUGGGGAAUCCUUCAUGAGCCAAGGGCAAAGCAGCAGUACACAGAGCGCACUGGUGUCGAUAUCCAGGAGAGGGGACUGUUCCUGUCUGAUAGCGGCCUGCUUGGUGGAUCUCCAGACGGGACAGUAUCUGGUGAUUGCAUUAUUGAGGUGAAAUGUCCAUGGUCGGCCAGAACCAAGACUAUUCUGCAGGCAGCAGAGAGUAAGGACUUUUUUCUUGAGUUGGAGGAGGUGACUGGUUCUCUAACACUAAAACCAACUCACCACUAUUGGCAUCAGAUCCAGGGCAACCUACACCUGACUAGAGCUAACUGUUGUCAUCUACUUGUAUGGACUCCUCUUGACCUUGUGAUUCUGCCAGUGCUCAUAGACCCAACAUGGGUGGUUAACAUUGACACCCUGGAAACAUUUUAUAAAAACUGUUUCCUACCACACAUUCUGUCACAGACUUAAUUAAUUUGCAUUUGUAAUUUAUUGGAUGAAUUGAUUAAUUAAAUUAAUUUAUAAUUAAUAAUAUUUAUAUAAUUGAUAUGUUUAUAUAUAUGUUAUUAUAAUACUGAAUAAAUAGACUUCAGCACUUCAAAUAAAUAAUACUUAAUAGAGAGGAGAAACAUUUUUAUCUGGUUUUACUUUUUUUAAUAAA